UGGUUAACCACAAACAUUCUGACCUCUAUCAAAUUUCAAAAUCAUUUCCGAUUUUUCAACAUUUUAAUAUUUAUAACCGACAAUCAUUUAUACGUACAUACGUUUUGGAUAGUAGCUGUGUCUGUUUGAUCGCAUAUAUUAUAUUCUAUGCUGUUCUUUGGUACGCAAACAAGAUUAUGAAGCGUGUAGAAAAGACCAAUCAAGAAAUGCAGAUGAUUGUAGAAAAAAAUCGAUCGAAAUUGGACAACGUGGCAGCUUUAAAGAAUAAACGUUCCGAGUUUGAAGACGUGGUGGUUAAAGUAAAAGAGGCGCAGAGUACAAUAAAACAACAACUGGAUGUAGAAAUGAAAAAAGUGAAUGAUGAGUUGAUCUUGACUGUAAGCAAAAUGUCAAACUUGGAGAAGAUUGUAAACAAAUGGAAAUUAUGGAAAAAAAGUUUGAACACCUCAACCAGUGUUUUGACGUCUGAAGAAGAUACAUGUCCGGAAAAUAUUGAAUCUUCGAAACAAAACGACUGGGAAUUUAUAAAAGUACUCGAACCUUCAUUUGAUCCACCUUUACCCAUUGAACCACCGCCAAGGAAGUAUGGAACAUUUGCCAGACGUCCACCAGGACGGAGACCUACACCUAUCUCAAAACCACAAGUAUCCACUACAUUAACCAGUCAACCUAUUCAAUUUUAACCUGUUUUGAUUAAAACAUAUAUGAUGUCAUAAAUUAUAAAUUCAUUAACACCAGUUUCUCUAAAAAGCAUAAAAUUUAUUGUACCGUACCGUGUAUAGGAAUGUUAGACUAUUUCAAAAUGAUUUUUGUAAUGACCAUAACUAAAAUAGUCUUUUAUAACUCUGUA